AUGGCACCCAACAAGCUCUCCGCUCCAGCUAAGGUGGGACUGCUUCUCAAAUUUUUAUUCUGCUUGUUGCCAACAGGACUUUUCAAUAUCGCCAAAGCAGCCGUGCGAGCAUGGUAUCAUAAGCUUCCCUUCGGUCCAGCGCUCACGAAUGCUUUUGCACGUCCGCUGAUGGCCAACGUACCACCAUAUCAAAUCCAAGCAAUCUUCCCAGGAACAAGGGAUACAUAUCUAGCAUGGUCUAAGGUUGAUCCACACACAUCUGAGCCCAUCAUCGAGACUGUAGCAGACGGAGAAACGCGAAUCUUGUGGCUGCGACAGAAGAAAGGGAAAAAUGUUCUUCUUUUCUUCCAUGGUGGCGGAUACGUUAUGCCUCUCUCACCGGGUCAUCUGGAUUGGAUGGCACAUAUCCUAGAUGAAACUACAAAGGCAGGCAUUGAAUUAGAUAUCUGCGUACUUGAAUACGAUUUGAUUCCUGACAGUCCCUACCCUCGUCAAAUGAACCAAGCCAUUGUAUCCUUGAAGCAUUUGCUUGCAUCUGGAUAUGCUCCCGGAAAUAUCAUUUUCGGCGGCGACUCCGCAGGUGGCCAUCUUGCAUUAUCUCUGUUGUCACAUCUUCAUCAUCCCCGUCCUGGCGGGGCAGACUUGAGCACUCUGAUCAAGCCCACGGAGAAGAUUAAAGGCUGCUUUUUGGUAUCCCCUCUCGCGUCCUUCGAUGUCGAAGCGGGUUCUUACCAGAAGACACUCAGCGUGGAUGUUCUUGGAAAGGAAGUUGUUGCCAAAUGGGGAGAUCUGCUCGUUCGAGGUUCAUCCUGGUACGAGGAGCGUUCAAAAGGCUAUGGUUGGGGAAUGGCGCUGGAUGUUCCCGAGGAAUGGUGGAAUGAUUUGGACUCUGUGAGCAACAUUCUUAUCACUGCUGGUGAUGAGGAGGUUUUCUGGGACCAUAAUGUUCAGUUACUGGAUGUGCUGAGACGGAAGGGCAAGGCACAAGUAACCGGUUGCAUGGCAGCAAAGGAAGCCCAUGAUGUGCCCCUUAUGGAUUUCAUGGCAAAGCGCCCGCCCGGCAAAACGACAAAGUUCAUCACGGAAUGGAUUAUUGCGCAGAUAGCCUAA